AUGGUCGCCGACGGCUAUGGCUGGAUGGGGCCCGCCGGCUACGACUCUAUAGGUGCAAACGGGACAGGUACCAUGGAACGCAAUGGAUUUGGGUCCAUGGGCCCUGGCGGUUAUGUCAUGGGCGACGGCAGGCAGAUCUACCUGGGGGGAUACGGCUCAAUGGGUCCGGGUGGCUACGACAGCAUGAAUGGCAGUGUGUCCGGCAACUACGGCUUCAUAGGCGGUGGUGAAAACGUCAACCCAAUGGGCUCCAUGUAUUGCAUGGGCGGCAACCCAAUGGGCUCUUGGUACGGCAUGGGCGGCAACUCGAUGGGUUCCAUGUACGGCAUGGGCGGAAUGGGCUCCAUGUACGGCAUGUGUGGCAAUCCGAUGGGCUCCAUGUACGGCAUGGGCGGAAUGGGCUCCAUGUACGGCAUGUGUGGCAAUCCGAUGGGCUCUAUGUACGGCAUGGGUUCCAUGUACGGCUUGAGUUGCUACAACGGCAUGGGUCUGGGCAGCAACGGAGCCUCCAUGUACGGCAUCGGCCGCACCAACAGCCGCUCGAGCUUCCGCAGCACCGGCGGCUACGUCGGCGGAGCCUUCGGCAGCCUCUGGCGUGCACCGUCAGGCUACACCUCGCGUCCUAAGCAGGACAUCAGCAUCCCGCCGCCGUCCUCGUCCCUUCGAGAGGAGAUGCCGGAGGGAAACGGUGACACAGGAGGCACGUCGAAGGACUCAGGCGCGAAGGCCGCUGCGCGCGGCGAGGCGACUCUCGGUGCGGAGGAGGGCAAGACGCCUGCCGUGGAGGGCACGGAGGCCGACAAGAAGGACGCGGACGCAAAGGAUGCGGAGAAGGGCCGCGGCCGUACCGUGCCGACGGCGAUGGCGUCUUCGCACCGUCUUACGAAGCAGGUGAACGACAAUGUGCACGUCAUCGCCGUGGUGCCGAAGGAGUCGAUGCUGAACCGCACCGACAAGUCCGUGACUGUAGGCACGACCACGUACCAGAUGGACGAGGUGGCGGUGGCCCCGGUGAGUGUAGAGAAGUCGGACUUGCUGAGGGAUAUCGUGGAGCAGACGCACUGCGGGCACAACGUGUCCAUGCUGGCUCUCUGCGGCUCUCAGCCGUACACGGCGUGUACUGACCCUAUCACUGCCGUUGUCAAGCGCAUGAUGGAGUCGUUCGCGGAGGACAAGGCGCAGGUGACGCAGGUGAAGGCGUCGGCCGUGUCGUUCGUCGAGACUGGCAACAUCAUCGACCUCCUCGAGGCGAACGCGAAGCCGACGAAGCCGGAGAUGGGCUCGAACCCGAUCUACGGCCCGUGUGUGAUGAACGCGUCAGAGAAAGACAUCAAGUUGGCGGCCGAGGCUACCGAUAUUGUCACCAGCACUGCCGCGAAGGCGGCGAAAGAGGGUCUCGUCGUCAUCACGUACAAGAUCAAGCAGAUCCGCCCUGUCACCACGAUCGGCGCUGCGCCAGCGAAAGAUGUGUAUGUCUCGUCCAUGUUAGUCGCCAUGGUGGACGAUGCCGGCAUGCAGAGUCUGAAGGUAGCCGAGAAGCACGCCACAACUGAACCCGCGCUCAUCUUCACCAACGCGAUUGGCGGCGCCAGCCGCACCGUGGCCAUUGUGCAGGUGCCGGAGAAAGAUGCUGAAAAGCUGGUCGGUGGCGCCGCUGCCCACUCCCAGCACCUGCGCGAAAUCAAGAACACACCGACACGCAGUGGCAACAUAAAGCGCUUUAUCGACUACACCGAGCGUGCAGCGGCGGCCAACACGAAGGCGUCCCCGGAGACCACAGCGAAGAUAGACCGUAUGCUCAAGGACGCGAAGGAGCUGCUGGCCAGGCCUGAGCAGACGCCGCUGAUGGCGUACAACCUCUUUGGUAGCAACGCGUCCACGAGCCCGCCGGAGCCGGUGCCCCAAAGCGGCGAGGGUGCAGCGAAAAAGGCUGAUGCGCCGGCAGCACCCGCUGCGGAGAAGCCCGCCGAAACGAUCGCAGAGGCGUCUGACGCCACGCCGACCGUUACGCCAGAGUCAGAGAAGCAGGUGCGUCUUGUCGUAUGCGUCGACGGCACGGCGACAAUUCCGGCAGAGCGGGUGAGGGCGGAUGAGGUGGUGGUCCGAGCCCAUCCGGACGAAGUGCCCGAGUCAGAUACGCUAAAGACGCUGCGCGCCGUUUUCGGUAACGGCCGCAACGUGGCCUUGCUCUCGGCAGAGACGCAGUCGAGUAUUCCGCUCAAAGACCAGUACACAUGGAAGAGCGUUGCAGACAUCCUCACAAAGGCGUUUGAGUCGCCACCGGUGCAGGCGAAGGACACGUGUAUUGAGCUCUUCAUGUCCGUUGUGCGCAAGCGCCAGGUGCUCUGUGAUCUCAUGGCGAACGGCGCGGGGUCGGCGGGGCCCAAGCCCCUUGGCACGGCGUCGUCGCCGCUCUUUGGUCCGGUCCUUGUCGACACGACCCACAAGACACUGCGGCAGGCUUCAGACGUGAAGCCGGCACUCGAGCAGGCGCUGCAAGCCGCUCCGGGCCACCUCACGGAGCCUGACUCCAUGAUUGUCAUGACGGCGGUGCUGAAGCAACUGCAAGCGAACGACGAUGUGGCCGUGGCGUCCUUCAUGGCUGCUUCCGGGCCGUCGGCGGCCGGCAUUAGCGGCGCGAUGUCGAAGAACCCGGAUUACUCUCGCUCUCUCCUGUCCUACGCGAUCGGCGGCCCGUGCGUCACGUCACUGCUCGUGUGCGUAGGCAGUGACGAGUCGAAUGAGGCGGCCAAGAGAAGCCUGACCGACAUGCAUGCUCUGACCAAGCAGCCGAACCACACCAGCCGUGAUGGCAGUGUAAUGGCGUUCAUUGACUACGCCAAGAAGGGCCUCGAGACGAAUAGGCUGAAGCUGGAGAUGGCCCAAGGGGAGGAGCGUGAUCGGCUCACGGCGGUCUUGAAGCGGCUGCAGAUCAUGCACGACGACUAUGACCACCUUCUCAAGUGUCGUGGGGAGAGCAUGCCGGCUUACUACAUGGGCGACAAGCGCGCCAGCCCGGCACCGCACAUGAACGGCGGCAAGCCGGAAGACGCUACUGAUGCGACUGCCUCAGCGCACGAGACGCCACAGAAGGAUGUGGGCGUGAAGACGUCGGCGCCAAUCCGAGUUUCUGCGGUUAUCAUGGACGGUGACGACGAUGCCAGCGGCGCGGCUAACAAGACGCCGCUGGAAGUGACGGACAAGGAGCUGAUUAUCAAUGAACAGCGCUACACCCCGACGGAGGUGGUACAGGUGAAGGGCGGGUCGAUCCGGUCCGCCAUGAUGGAUGAGGUGCACAAGAUCGUGCUCGACGGCUACAAUGCCGCCAUACUGACGAGCGACGUCGGGGGCAGCACGGUGGGCAUCUCGCUGGCGGUCAAGACUAUCACUGCGAUUUUGCGCGGCCUACCGAAAGACAGCGAGGCAUUCUGGUCGGUGACCGUGUCGAAAGACAACAAGGUGAAGGACAUGCUGGCCGAUAACUCUCCCUACUACGAUCUCCACCUCGCCACCUCACCCCUCUUUGGCAACGUGCCGUACGGCGCGAAUAUUGUGCCCUUCACAGAGGCGCAGGUGGAGACGAUUGUGCGAGAGGUGCGCAACGAGGUGCGCGAAAAAGGUGGCGUAGGUUACAUCGCCGCCGUUCUGCGCAUCGUACAGUCGGACGGCGAUGUCUGCGUGCCGUCCUUCCUUGUUGCCAUCGCGGGGGAAAGCAUCGAGGAGUACGAAAAGGUCCUCGCGACGCGCAGCAGCUCGGCACUGCUCAGCACUGCCAUUGGUGGCCCGUGCAACAGCAUCUACGUGGCUGGCAUCCGCGGCAAAUCUGGCGAGGUGGCGCAGCCAGUGCUUGAACUGGCCGCGAAGAUGAUGCGUGUGCGUAAUGGUCCCCUCCGCAGCUGCAGCCUGAAUCGCUUCAUCACCCAAACGGAGCUGGCGGUGGCGGCGAUGCAGCGCAAGAUUGAAGCCAGUGGCGGGGCACCGAACCCACAGUUGCUGUCACAGGUUGGCCGCAUUGGGACGAUGCUCAAGGAUGCGCAGAACAUGCUGAAAUCGCCAGGUGGUAGCGCGCCGGCCGUCUACAAGCGUUAA